AUGUCUUCAUUACCGUCCAACGUCCACGUCUCCACGCACCCAUGUGUCCAGGCCAAGCUCUCGCAGCUGCGCUCCGCCAGCGCCAGCCCGCGGGAAGUCAAGUCGCUGAUCCAUGAGAUCUCGACAAUAGUCGGCGUCGAGGCACUCGCAGCGGGCCUGACCACCACCACUGCAGGAACCGACCAAAACCCCCUCGGCUACUCCUUCCCCGUCGCCGCCAUCUCGCCCUCGCGCAUCUCGCUCGUCCCGAUCCUGCGCUCGGGGCUCGGCAUGACGGACGCGCUCCUCGGCGUGCUGCCCGCCGCCGUGCCCGUCCACCACCUGGGCCUGUACCGCGAGAAGACGACGCUGCAGCCGGUCGAGUACUACAACAACCUGCCCUACCACAAGCCGACGGCGUCCAACCCGUCCGUCGCCGCGGGGCCCUCGGACCUCGCCAUCGUCGUCGACCCCGUCAUCGCGACGGGCGCCACCGCCUGCGCCGCCAUCGACACGCUGCGCGACUGGGGCGUCGGGAAGAUCAUCGUGUGCGCCGUCAUCGCGAGCGAGGACGGGCUGCGCAAGGCGGCCGAGACGUGGCCCGAGGGGGUCGAGGUCUACGUCGGCGGGUCUGACAAGGAGACGGAUGACAAGGGCAUGAUUAAGCCUGGCUUGGGCGACGUUGGUGAUAGGUUGUUCUUGACCAUCGGCAAAUAG